AUGGCCAUCUUUGGCUCACCACCGAAUCCUCCCACGCGCCAGCAGCCACAGCCACCUUCGCAGCCACGGAACGUUGGCUCUGAGAUAGCACCAUGGGAUACCAGGCCUCCAAACGAUGAGGAAAUUGCUCCCUGGGAGCGAGACCCCCAAGCGCAGAUCAUAGGAACACGACCAUUCAAUCAAUCAUAUUUCAACGACGCAGCUCCUCGUGAGGCUCAAUCCCAGAUGCGACCCGACACUGCCAGGACAAAUCUCUCCGACUCACCUGACUUUGAUGCAGGAGCUCGUCGCCCUUCCAUUGCAAGUGCCACCACGAUCAGCAGUACCGGUUCAAGAGGUAGCGCGGUCAAUGGUCGCUUCCAUAAGAGUCUGAAGGGUUUCUUUGGCGAAGACCCUACCGAUUCACGCAAAGGCUCGACCUCAAAUCUGCCCGACCAGGUUCAACCGAACCUAGCAGCUGAGAAGCCCAGCCAACGGAGCAACUCUGUACAGACUCAAAAUACCGCUGAGGAACGACCCAAGACUCCUGCCCCCCCUCCAUCAAGUGAGGUCACCCCGUGGGCAUAUCAGAAUUUUGAAGAUGUCUCGAAUUUCGGUUCUGCUCCAAUACGGCAGCCCCCUCCCAAUGAAUCAAUUGCCCCAACUCAGACCGCUGGCACAACCUCCCACCGCCGAGGCCUCUUGCAUCGCCAUACCAGAAGCAAGGAGGAUCCUCCCAAAGGCCUACAAGCCACAGCUACAGUUCCCAAACGUCCUUCCACCAGUCGAGAAUCAUCAACAAGCAAUCUAGGGCACUUCCGAGGGACUCCCCAAAACGGUACUCCCAUGAGUUCUACUACAGCUCUGCCACGUAAUUCCAGUCCGGGCCCUCAUAAUGGCGCUGGUUCCGGCUCUCGCAAAGAAUCCUCUGCGCCUACAGAGAAGCGUUCCAUCUUUUCCAAACUCAAGCACCGUCAUCAUAAGGACAAGCCUCCCCCGCCUCAGCCGGAACCUCUGCGUACGAACAUUGAGCCUCCCCGCCCAACGGAGCAGCUGACCAAAGUCAGAACCCAGUCAUUCCGCACAACCGCAUCUGACACUGCAGAAAGCAAGCGAGAUCGGGAGACCAGUGUUGCCUCGGUGGACAGUGCAUCCACCAUCAAAGCCUCGGAUCAUUCACCAAAGAUGGACCGCACAUAUACAGCAACCUCAACUAAAUCUAGUCGAUUUGGACGUCAUGGAAGACAACGUAACCCGACCCUUCCCCCAGAACCGUUAGAAAGGAAAAAUACUGCGCAACAAGCACCAAUGCAAGCCGGUGUUUUCAACCUUGACACAAACUUCGAUGAUAUGUCAGACAUCAUUGCUCAACCUCAAAUGCCCAAAACACCUGCAGACCCCGGAAUUUAUGUGGGAGGUAAGAUUGCUCAAACUCCAGCAUCUGAAAUAGCCGCACCUGCAUGGGACGCUCCGGACAGCUGGGCUGUCAAAGGCCAAGAAGAUGAGGUCCUGGAUGCCUUACCCGAAGCUAACGAAGACGGGUUGCCUGCAAUUCAGGAAGAGGAUGGUAUCUCGUACUUCAUGCGGGUUUUCAGAAGCGAUGGCACUUUUGCAACGCUAUCAAUGUCGAUCAAUGCUACUGUGGGCGAGGUCCUCAAUUCGCUUGCGAAGAAAUCCGUCCUCCAUGAUUCAAUUGAUAACUACCAGCUACUCAUGCGCAAACAUCAAUUAUCGCGACAGCUUGGUGGUUCAGAAAGACCAGUGGCAAUGCAAAAGAAAUUACUGCAACUUGCGGGAUACACCGACCAAGAUCGAAUUGAAGACAUUGGUCGAGAAGACAACAGUUAUUUGAUCCGCUUCACCUUCUCCCAUGAAAAACAAACUGGUUAUGGAAGCGGGCUUGACAACGACCCUGCGUUCAAUAAAAUGCAGAAAUUCAGUCAUGUCGAUUUACAAGGGAAGUCCUUGGUCACCAUUCCCAUCAUCCUAUACACCAAAGCCUCGGAAAUUAUAUCCAUUAACCUUUCCCGAAACAUCGCUUUGAGGGUACCAAAAGACUUUAUCACCGCUUGUAUCAAUCUUCGUGAGAUCAAAUUCACUGGUAAUGAAGCUUGGCGUUUGCCUCCUAGUCUGGCCUGGGCUACCCGACUGACGGUGCUUGAUGUCUCCAACAAUCGAAUAGAGCAACUGGACCAUGCAGAACUACAUCGGCUGAUGGGCUUAGGAAGUUUAAAGCUGUCAAACAACAAACUCACUGCACUUCCAGCGAACUUCGCCCACUUCCGUCAAUUACGAAGUCUGAAUUUGUCCUCGAACAACUUCACCACCUUCCCAGAACAUAUUUGUGGACUCAAAUCUCUCGUCGACCUGGACAUUAGUUUCAAUAAGCUUUCUUCCCUGCCGAAAAUCUCACAGCUCGUGACCUUGGAGAGACUUUGGGUGACGAACAACGAUCUCAAAGGCCCAUUUAAUGAGAGUUUCAAGAGCUUGAUUAAUUUGAAGGAGGUCGACGCGCGCUUCAACGGUAUUACCGAUAUCGACAGUGUGACCCAACUUCCGAAUCUCGAGCAAUUACUUGUUGGUCACAAUAAUAUUACCGCAUUCAAGGGCGCAUUUCACAAACUACGGGUACUUGUCCUGGACCAUUGCCCAAUAACUUCCUUCGAACUUGAGCAAUCCGUCCCUACCUUGACGAGCCUUAACAUUGCCUCGGCAAAAUUAGUCGAGUUCAAGGAAUCGUUGUUUGACUUUGUUCCAAAUUUGCAGAAGCUCAACUUGGAUAAGAAUCAUCUCUCGUCUAUGUCUUCUCAGAUUGGAAGAUUGUCAAAGCUUGAGUUCCUCAGCAUGGCCAAAAAUCCCCUCAACAUCGUUCCUCCAUCAAUUGGCAACCUAGCGGAACUCAAGUUCCUCAAUCUAAGAGAAUGUAACAUCAAAAGCCUACCGCCAGAGAUAUGGUAUUGCCGAAAAUUGGAAACUUUGAAUGUGUCCUCUAAUGUUUUGGAAACUUUCCCCAAGCAGAAUGCUGCCCCACCCCCAAAUGAGGCAAAGGAACUGACUCCUGCCACGACUCCUGGAUUAUCUACUUCACCUAGCUUUGAGGAGCUUGGUAGACUCGAAGACUUCCAAGCUCGAAGGCCCAGUCAAGCGUCUGCAGGAAUGAUGAGCAUCGGAGGCUCACCUAGCGGCGCUCGAAAAAACUCGAUCGCCUCGAUGGGCCCUCGUAAAGCAUCGGUAAUCUCCAGGACCAAUACUGAGUAUUCAAUGACUCCUGCUACAAGAAAAGACUCAAAUCUAUCUCAAGCGAGGCUCCAAAAUACCUUUGGAGGCUCGCUUCGAUAUCUUUACCUAGCAGAUAACAGACUUGAAGACGAUGUGUUCCGAGAGCUAGUCCUACUCCCGGAACUCCGUGUACUGAAUCUGUCCUAUAAUGAGCUUGAUGACUUUCCUCAAGGCGUUUUGCGCCGAUGGCCUCAACUCAACGAGCUAUAUCUCUCAGGCAACGAACUCACAUCACUCCCCUCAGAUGACCUCGAGGAAAGCAGUAAUUUACGGGUACUGCAUUUGAACGUGAACCGAUUCCAGGUGCUCCCAGCCGAACUUUGCAACGUGCACAAAUUAUCCACUCUCGAUGUGGGAAGCAACUCUCUCAAAUACAAUGUAUCAAAUUGGCCCUACGAUUGGAACUGGAACCGCAAUACCAACCUCAAAUACUUAAAUUUCUCUGCCAACAAACGAUUGGAGAUAAAGCCUGCAGCUCAUCAGAACCAAUCACAGUUUAAUUCAAUGAGUGGUGAGCAGAAUACUGAUCUGACGAGUUUCAACACACUGAAGUACCUAAGAGUGCUUGGUUUGAUGGAUGUCACCUUGUUGACAAACACCAUACCAGAUGAUAAUGAGGAUCGUCGAGUAAGGACAUCGGCAUCGUUGGUAGGCGCGUUGAUGUACGGUAUGGCGGACACUUUGGGCAAGAACGAACAUCUGUCAACUCUAGAUCUCCUCAAGCCAAACUUCAGAGGACAUGACGCAGAAAUCCUUGUUGGCUUGUUCGAUGGGCAAACCAUGUCCAGUGGUGGCUCCAGGGUGGCCAAGUACUUGCACGAGAACUUCCCAGCAAUGUUCUAUGACGAGCUUAAGAAGUCAGAGGCAACGAAAGACACUCCUGUCGAUGCACUGCGACGAACCUUCCUUUCUCUGAACAAGGACAUGGCAAAUUUUGCAAGCAGCAAUUUUGACACGAAAGAACACCGGUUGGCUAACGGCCAUAGGGGAUCAACAGUUGCAAACAUUCUGGGGCCAGAUGAUCUCACUUCAGGUGGUGUGGCGACUGUCAUGUAUCUCAAUGGGACAGAACUGCACGUUGCCAAUGUUGGUGAUGCCGAGGCUAUCCUCAUCCAGUCCAAUGGUCAACAUCGAGAGUUGACCAGAAAACACGACCCUGCGGAACAUCGUGAACGUGAAAGAAUUCGAGAAGCUGGAGGUUAUGUCUCUAGGCAAGGCAAACUCAAUGAGAUACUCGAAGUUAGUCGCGCUUUUGGCUACUAUAGCCACAUGCCAAGCGUGAUCGCAGCACCUCAUACAUUCAACUGCUCCUUGACAGAAUCGGAUGAACUUAUCGUGGUUGCCACCAAAGAGUUCUGGGAUUAUGUCACAGUUGACCUGGCUGUGGAUGUUGCUCGAGCCGAAAAGAAUGAUCUCAUGCUGGCAGCACAAAAAUUGCGAGAUCUGGCAAUGGCAUAUGGAGCUAGAGACAAAAUAAUGGUCAUGGUUCUUGGCAUCUCUGAGUUGAGAAAGAGAGGCAGUCAUAGAUUUCGUGGAACUAGUCUUUCCAUGGCCAAGGAACUUGGUCUCGAUGAGGGGACUAUCUUUCCCAGUUCCAGAAAGGCCAGGAGAAAGGGCGAAACCUUGGUUGGAGAUUCUCGUCUUGCAAGACUCGAGGAACCAGAAGCACCUGUUGGGGAGGUGGCUAUCUGCUUCACCGAUAUCAAAAAUUCGACCGCCCUGUGGGAAAUUCUUCCCGUGCCUAUGAGAUCAGCAAUAAUGAUGCACAACGAACUUAUGAGACGACAGCUACGAAUCAUUGGUGGUUAUGAGGUGAAAACUGAAGGUGACGCUUUCAUGGUAUCCUUCUCGACCGUCACCUCCGCGCUGCUUUGGUGUUUCAGUUGCCAGAGUCAUCUCCUCGAACUACCAUGGCCCCAGGAGAUUCUAGAGACGGUCCAUUGUCAAGAGAAACUGGAUGCGGAUCAAAACAGGAUCUAUCGUGGACUGUCUGUAAGGAUGGGAAUCCAUUUUGGCAGACCCGUGUGCGAGCAAGAUCCCAUCACCAGGAGAAUGGAUUACUUUGGUCCCAUGGUCAACAAAGCGGCACGAGUAUCUGCCGUCGCCGAUGGUGGACAAAUCAGCGUCAGUAGUGACUACAUUGCGGAAAUUCAACGAACCUUGGAAGCCUACGCAGAUGAUGAUCGGCGAGACUCUGUGGGUUCCGAGGAUACAGUCAACGAUGAUCCUCUUGCGAAUCAAAUACGACGCGAACUCAGACAAUUGAGUAGUCAGGGUUUCGAGGUUAAGGACCUCGGUGAGAAGAAACUGAAAGGUCUUGAAAAUCCCGAGUAUCUCUAUCUAAUGUAUCCACAUUCUUUGGCUGGACGGUUGACAAUCCCUCCUGGAGCUGAGAACAAGGUACAACUGGGUGGUGACGCACCCACUUCAAAUGACGACAAGGCUGGACCUGGUGCCCUGGGUAAGGACAGUAAACUAAACCUGGAACUCGACGGGGUUUGGAAACUUUGGGACAUUGCAUUGAGAUUGGAAAUGCUCUGCAGUUGUCUCGAAAAUCCAGAGCGAGCUGCGGGACUUCAAAAGCCCGAGCUGAGUCUUCUUACCAGGAUGAAAGAAAAAGGUGGUGUGCAAACGGAUGGCUUCAUGAUGAAUCUACUGGAGCACCAGGUGACCCGAGUCGAAUCCUGUGUCACUACCCUGCAACUACGUCACAUCUUACAACCAUUCAAGAAGGGCACAUCCCUCCUUGAUCAAGCAACCCCCAUUGCAGGGUUAUUUAGCCAACUGACCGAGCUUCUUGGACAAGCCAAGAAAUUACAGACGGGCAGCCGCGAUGCUCAAGUAGAAGAAAUCGACCAGUAUGAAAUUCUCGACAAUGAUACUGAUGACAGCGAAGAGGAAGAUGAGAACGCAGUAGAAGACACAGACUCGGACUGA